CUCUCCACCUCCAAAAACAAAGCUUCCAAUAGCCAUUUUUCUCCAAACACAAACUCAGAAAAAUGGCAGCUACCGCCGGAACAGCAUCAUCGUCUCAUCUUCUUCUCUCAAGCUCUCGCCAUGUGGCGGCCUCACCUCAGCCACGAAUCCUUUUCCCAUCUCUGAGCGGGAAACGAGUAGCAGUUGGGAAAAACCAUCAUGCUACUGGAGUGAGGUGUAUGGCGGUUGCGGCGGAUGCUACGGCGGAAACUAAACCGGCUGCAAAGAAGAAGAGUGGGUAUGAGCUUCAGACACUCACGAGCUGGUUGCUGAGACAGGAGAUGAAAGGGGAGAUAGAUACAGAGCUGACGAUAGUUAUGUCGAGCAUAGCGAUGGCAUGUAAGCAGAUCGCUUCGCUAGUUCAGCGCGCCGGAAUCUCUAAUCUGACGGGCGUUCAAGGAGCUGUUAACAUUCAGGGAGAGGAUCAGAAGAAGCUUGACGUCGUCUCUAAUGAGGUGUUUUCGAACUGUUUGAGAUCAAGUGGAAGAACGGGAAUCAUAGCGUCUGAGGAAGAGGAUGUGCCAGUGGCUGUGGAGGAAAGUUACUCCGGCAACUACGUUGUCGUGUUUGACCCUCUUGACGGCUCCUCUAACAUUGACGCCGCUGUCUCUACCGGUUCUAUCUUUGGUAUCUACAGCCCCAAUGACGAGUGUCUACCCGACAACUCCGACGACACCUCUGCUCUUGGGUCAGAAGAAGAAAGGUGUAUAGUAAACGUGUGCCAGCCAGGGAACAACUUGCUAGCAGCUGGCUACUGUAUGUACUCAAGCUCAGUCAUAUUCGUUCUUACUUUAGGCAAAGGCGUUUUCGCCUUCACCCUCGACCCAAUGUAUGGAGAGUUCGUCCUAACUCAAGAGAAUAUUGAGAUCCCGAAAGCCGGGAAAAUCUACUCUUUCAACGAAGGGAACUACCAGAUGUGGGACGAGAAUCUGAAGAAGUACAUUGAUGAUCUCAAGGAUCCUGGUCCAAGUGGGAAGCCUUACUCAGCAAGGUACAUUGGAAGUUUGGUCGGUGAUUUUCAUAGGACUUUGUUGUACGGUGGGAUUUACGGGUACCCUCGUGACGCCAAGAGCAAAAACGGCAAGCUUAGGCUUUUGUAUGAGUGUGCACCGAUGAGUUUCAUCGUUGAACAAGCCGGAGGUAAAGGAUCAGAUGGACACCAGAGAGUCCUAGAUAUCCAACCGACCGAGAUACAUCAGAGGGUUCCACUCUACAUUGGAAGCAAAGAAGAAGUGGAGAAGCUGGAGAAGUACUUGGCUUGAGUCAUUUAUGAAACAUAAGCCAUUUAAUUUCUAUUGUAAGCCAUUUUCUGAUAACAUGGCACAUCCUAAAUAUGAAAUUUUUAUUUUGUUGUUGAUAUCAAUAUAGAGAAAUCAGCUGUCUUAUAUAGAGCCAGAACCAAGUUAAA